UUAUAUAAAUCAAAAUCCAGACUCCAACGAUUUCUUAGUCAUAAUUGUGGAACAUAGAUCCCCAGCUCGUACAAAAGUGAGUUGCCAAAUAAUAUAAAAAUGACUACUUCCACUCAAACCAGAUUCCGUGUUACAAAAAAUAUUGCAAUUCCCUUCACUCUCGAACAAAAGCAGUCACAACACGAAUUACCAAACUUUGAAAACUUACCACUUUACGGAAAACUCUCCUGUGCCAGAAUUCUACGCUCGUCACCGCUAACCAACACCACCACCCUCGUCGAAAGAAACGGCUUGGUCGACACGGUCCUGAAAUGCUACAACCACCACAAAAACCUCAUCCUCCGCCCGGACGACGUGUGGAUCGCAAUCAUGACACAGUUUUCCUUCUACGUGAAUAAGAAUUCGGAAAAUUUGCGCACCUCAUUUGUCAACUUUAAGGGUAAGAAAACCCUCAAAGUCGACAUGGGCGUCGCAUCCAUCGAUACGAUACGGUACGACGAAUUUGUCAAGAUCAUGGGAAAAACGGUCGACCUAAAUUUAACCGAUAGCAAAAUCAAGGACUGGAUUUUACCCAAUUUUUCCACCACGACGGAAAAUGAUGUCAUCUCGUGUGGCGUCAUUUUCAUGGCGAGCAUGCAAAAAUAUUUUGAAUACAUUUGUCAGUAUACGCUGUGCGGUAUUCCGGAAGUAAUUUUGGAAGGAAGUGUCGCCGAUUGGGUGAAAAUUGAUAAGCGGCUCGAUAAGCUGAAGGAGUACGAGGGGUUAGAAAAGUGGGUGAAGAAGCUGAAGAAGAUUCUCCGCCAAUUUAUUGCUGCAAAAGAAGGCAAAGCCAAGACAAGAUGGUGGGGGAGGAUUUGCAAGUAUGAAUAUUAUAAUAAAGGGUGGGGGUCAGGAUCGGUGACGAAAACGUUUCUGACGGGGUGGAUAACAGCGUUCUGUUUCUUUGAUGAGGAUGGAAAUUUGCAAAAUUAUAAGAAGUUAGAGAUUCAGAACAUUCCACUGAGCUAUGUGAACGUGGAAGUUAUCCUGGAAGAAAAAAUUACCAAGAAGCGGGACCCCACGGUCAUGUUUGCAGGACUGGUAGGGAUGGAGUGGGAGGAGGAUGGGGCAAGUUUAAGACCUUCGGUGGGGUGGGCCAUUGCCUUACGACAUCCCGAUAUGAUGCUUGAUUUUGGUCCAAAUUAAAUCAGUCCAAAAAUUCGAAAAACAUGUAAUGGAUUUGGCUUUAUGCAACAACAAAUUGGCGUGAAAUUUAUCAUUUGUAUUCAUUACAAUGAGUUGUUACAUACCUACUAUUACCUACUAGUUGUUGGUAUUUGUAAGAUGAUAUAAAACACGUUAUUUCCCGAAUCAAUAAUUUGAUGAGCAAUUGCUACGAAUUGUAAGUAAGCAAUGGGAACAUACUUUAGCUGUUAUAUGGUAGUAUGAAGUACUUAAGUAAGAUAAGCUUAUAACGAUGCAUUUAAAUAUAUGCAUGAAUGGUAGAAAUUUAUAAGCUACGAGUAUUAAUUAUUGAAUUAAAUACGGAAUUGCUACUAUGUACAUACAUAAGUUCAUAAGUACAGGAGUUAUGUUUUCAUAUGGCGACGAAUAAAUUUAACGAAUCAAUCCAAA